GUAUUUGGUUCUCUGUGGUAGACGUGGGGGUGGGGGGAGGGUAAGAGAUUUCAUUUAGUUGAAGCCGUCGGGAGUGAGUCCAGCGAGUUUACCGGGCCUGGAAUCCGCUGUCAGCCUUGCCUGCCUACCUGAUGAGAUGUUAAUCCGAGGCCCCGUCCACCCUCCUAGAUGGAUGUAGAAGAUCCCGUGGCACUAUUUCGAAAAAGAACAAGGGGGGGUGGUUUCCGCAGUGUCUUGGCCAAUAUUCACCCCUCAAUCAAAAACAUAAAACAGAUGAUCUGACCAUUAUCACAUUCUUCUUUCUGGGAGCUUGCUGUGCACAAAUUGGCUGUCACAUUUCCGACGAUUGAAACAGUGACUAUCUCACUGGCUGCAAACAGUACUGGAAUUUUGUGUCAGGGCCGGGUGUGGGCGGAUGGAACAGGAAUCACUGGCCUUGGUUGUGACUGCACAAAAAGAUGACAUUUUCAGGGGUCCACACAUUUGGCUCUGUAUAUCUGCCGCUAGCUUUCCUAUCACUCCCGUUAUUAUCGGUGCCUUAUUUUUACUGUCAAUGAAGUAGGGUCACGAAUAAAGAUCCUAGAUUCUUUGCAGCAAUGGAUGUUCACCUUGAUACUAAUCACUUCUUUAUGCUUUUAUCAGCACAAACACGCAAACGUGAAAAAUAUUGUAAUUGUCAAUGAAACUAACUUGAUUACAAUCAAUGCUGAUUUGAAAUGGAAGAUUGUAUGUGUUGGACUAUAUAAUCAUUAAUAAUAUUAUCAUCACUGUUCUCAGGGAUCAGUAACCUUUAAGAAGCGGUGCAAGCUGAACCAUGACGUUUUUGAAACGAAGAAAGACUACGAAAGGCACCGAAGAAAGACCAAAACAACAGGAAGAUGAGCAGCCCAAAAUAAAGCCAACAACUGGUCCAGUGGCAUUGAAGCAUAUAACCUUCCUCAUUGGUGGACUUAUGGCAAUUUUCUUAGGACUUCUCACCUCAGUUUAUGUCGCAACUUUGCAUGAAAAUGAUCUGUGGUUUUCUACUAUCCAGUGGUAUAUCAUCAUGACGUUGAGGAAGAGGAAACAGCAAUCUCAAAUUGUCACUGAUGUUUCACAACAUAGUUUGGAAAGGAAUCAGAAACAGAUUGAUGCACAUGCUGACACUAAUGGAAGUAGUAACGUGUCGUCUUGGGAGCUGCUGGAAGCAAUUGGGAUCUGGUUACCUGUAUGGACAAUGGAGAUUAUCCCACUGCUCGGUCUCUCACUGGGACUAAUACUAGGAUGCUUUCACUCCUGGUAUGUUCAGUCCCUACAUGAGAAUUUCCUAUGGUUUUCAAAUAUACAGGAGGUUGAGCGAGAAAUCUCCUUCAGGACAGAAUGUGGCCUAUACUACUCAUAUUACAAGCAGAUGCUGCAGGCCCCAACCAUAGCCCAAGGAUUGAAGGAACUCGUAUAUGACAAUAAAACUGAAUCAAGGAGAACAAUAAACCUCCUUAAGCGAAUGAACAUUUACCAAGAGGUUAUCCUAAGCAUUUUGUACAGAAUUUUGUCUCUUCAGCGAUACCUGGAGCCAGUUUACUUCUACCUGUACACAGUAUUUGGACUCCAGGCCCUCUAUGUCAUUUCAAUAUAUAUUACCAGCUGGUUAUUAAGUGGUACCUGGAUGUCAGGAGCACUGGCAGCUAUAUGGUACAUCCUAAACAGAAUAGAUACAACAAGGGUGGAGUUCACCAUUCCGUUGAGGGAGAAUUGGUCGCUUCCAUUUUUUGCAUUACAAAUAAUGGCAAUCACAUACUACCUCAGACCACAGCUCAAAUCUCUUCAGUGGUGGUCGUUCACAUUGAUCAUGGCAUCAACAUUCCUUUUCUGCAUUACCUGGCAGUUUAACCAGUUUAUUUUAUUAAUACAAGCCCUGGUUUUCUUUACCUUGGACUGUUUAGAUAUGGUGCCUGCAUCAAAGGUUACAUCACUAUAUUUCGUACAUGUUGCUUCUUUACUUCUUGUCUGGAUCCUGCAGUUUAACAACUCUAUGCUCCUGGGGUCAUUGGUUCUAAGUUUCAUUCUGUCUGCUUUGGUAGUACGGCACUUGCAGAGGAAUUUAAAAUCUGGCGGUUUUCUUAUCAGAGUUUUGAAACUAUUGCUGCAUUUAGUUGUAGUAUUCAGCUUAACAGUCCUAACAAAUAAUACAAGUAAGAAAAUUCUAGGGCUAGAAUCCGAUGAACACAUUUUUAAAUUCCUUAAAGCAAAGUUUGGAUUUGGGGCGACAAGGGAUUUUGAUGCUAAGUUAUACCUGUGUGAAGAAGCUUUUGGCCUACUGCCUUAUGAUACUUUCCAAAGACUUCUGCACACGCUGAUUUUACCUUCAUAUCUUUUAAUUCUGGUUACUACAGUGAUCAUUGCUAUAACUGUUGCUGUUCGGAAUCUCAGUGGUUCAUCUCUAUUCCAGAGCACAUCUAUUAAAGAAGAGAACAUGAUUAUGCUGAGACCAGAUUUGGCUUACAAUCUAAUACACAAUGUGUUAUUUGGUCUGCUGGCUUUAAGCACAAUGAGGAUGAAAUAUCUGUGGACAUCUCAUAUGUGUGUCUUUGCAUCAGCAGCAAUUUGCAGCAAUCAUUUGUGGAGUUUAAGUCUCAAAGCAAUACGGCUGUAUUCUCCUCAGUGGGUCCGUGUGAUGAGGUUUGCAGUUCCUAUAUUAAUCUUCAUCUACCUUUACCAUGAGUUCUGGCCAAAGAUAAUGACUGAACUCUCAGAUCUGAGGGAAUUUUAUGAUCCUGAUACAGUUGAAUUAAUGAACUGGAUCAAGUCAAAAACUUCUAAAAAUGCAGUGUUUGCUGGAAGUAUGCAGCUAUUAGCAGGGGUCAAGUUGUGUACUGGGAGAACCAUAACUAAUCACCCUCAUUAUGAAGACAAAAAGUUAAGAGAAAGAACAAAACAGAUCUAUCAGAUUUACUCCAGGAGUUCCCCAGAAGAGGUGUACAGUAUCCUAAGAUUGUAUGGAACAGACUACAUUCUCCUCGAGGAUAGUAUUUGUUAUGAAAGAAGGCACAACAGAGGCUGUCGUCUGAGAGACCUGCUUGAUAUCGCAAAUGGUCAUGUGAUGGAUGGUCCUGGAGCAAAUGAUCCUGAUUUGAAGCCUUCUCCUUAUCCACGCUUUUGUGAUGAAAUCAAAUCGAAUAAACCUCCCUAUACCAUUUAUUUCUCUCGUGUGUUUAAAAACAAAACAUUCCAUGUUUACAAACUAAAGAAAAAGAGGGAUGUACCUUAUUAGAAGUACAUUUCCGCAACUAUUCACUAUUACGUUGCAAAAAAUAGGUGUUGGUUUUAACAGUACAAAAUACAAAGCUAUAUUUAUGAAAAACUCUAGUCUUGUAUUUGGGAUUGAAAGCUUUAUUCCUGCUGAAUGCCAGACUUAGUUAUCAUAGCUCAUGUUUCAAUCCAAAAUGUAAUACCCAGUUAAAGUCCUAUCUCAUUUGAAUGUUUUACUAGUUCAAGCAGUGUACUUUUCUUUUACACUUCUAUACAUUUCACUUAAUUUGUUGAAACAAGAUUUUUACUUCACACAUACAAACUGAUUUUUUUAUAUCAUAUCCUAGAAAUUGAAUAUUUAUAGAUCAAACAUCACCCCAUAAUUUAUUUUAAUCAAAAAUUUUUCUUGUCAUCCUGUCUUAGAACUCAUGGCAGGAUUUAUUUGAAUUGCUAAUACAGACUGCCAUUGGAGACACAGUUCUUACAGUAUUAAUUUUUUUUAAGAGAUUAUCUGCAUAAUCACAUACUUGUAUGCAUCGUGUGUCUUAUGUAAUACGAUACAGUUUUAUUUUGCUUUCAUUUAUGUUACCGUUCAUAUGGAACAAACUAUGCUUUCAGUUAGAGGCUGUGAUUAGCAGAUUAUUGAUAUUAUAAAUUAUCUUAAAAUUACAAGUAACAUGUUGAUACCUCUACUUAAAUAGUGCCAAAUUAGAUGAUUAGAUUUAUUGGACAGUAUUACAGUGAAUGAAAUAUUUUUAUUAUGGUGCUGUUCCACCGUUCUGGGCCUGUUUGUGUAUUUUAAAAUCACUGAAUUAAUGGACCACUUCAACUGACAAUUGAGGGAAAUUUUAGUCUACAAAGCUAUGUCUCAUUACAGUUUACACAAAUGUGUCUAUACAUUGGCAAGUCUCUGAACUGGUGGCUGAAGGUCAUUGUGUUGCCCAUUUCAGUGAAACACAGUGUUGCAUUCAAGUUUUAUUUGGACUGAAUGUAAAAUUGAGAAGAUUUUCUGGAUACAGUAAUUGUAGUCUUUUGCAUGAUUAAUAUUUUUGCAUGUAACUGAAUACAGGCAAUAACUAAGAAUAACACUACUGAAAUGUGGAUGUACAAUGUUGCUAGUGCUGCUGGAAGCUGUAGCGGUAACUAGUUUUUUUUUUUCAUUUUUGUGUCUUCUGCCAUUCCUCAUAAUCAACCAGUUAAGCCCUGAUCCUAUGCUGUCCUUUUCCAUCACGAGGGCAGAAUAACCCAGUGUAUUAUUCUGUUGAUGUUGUACCUCUAUUAGCACAAGACAAGUCACACACUGAACAUUACUGGGCUUAAAACCCUCUUUAUCUAGUCAAGAGUCUGCCCCUUUAAGGUUAUAGAUAUUAUGUUGCAAUAACACUUAAAAUAUUCCAAUUGGUAAUUGGCUCUUUGUACUGAAAAAAUUACAAUUAGUAUUUUUUAUUAAAAUAGUGGUAGAUUUUUGUUACUAGAAACAAAUUGACUUUCUAUGGCAACAUUGCAAUUUAACAAUGCUACAAGUAUCACUACUGAAUUUUGCAUUUUUAAAAAUGUUUAAUUUCUGUAUCCACUUUGUACAGCAGAUAUAUAGAUUUCAAAAUGGACCUUCUAUGGGUUCAGCUGUUACAUUCCAUUACGUUGUUUGGCAGAAUUUUUAGGAAAUAAACCAUCAUUCAAUUAA